AUGGUGCUCUCGCUGCCAGUUCCAAACUUCUCUAGAUCCUUCACUUCUCCACGUCCUGACGCCACUGCGCCCGCACCACAAUCCAGCCGUCGCGACUCCUCCUCGAGUCCGUCCUCCAGCCGAAGUCUGUGGAGAUCUCCAGAUACGAACAAAUCCACACAGGCUACAUCAUCUACAAAUACCCACUCUGUAACCCUUAGCGAAGCUCUACGAAAUAAUCCAUUUGGAAAUACAUCCCGGUCCCGGUCCCGCUCUAUCCAUGCCACUAUCAGCGAAGCGGAGCAACAGCAGAAGGAGCGGGAUGACUUGAAUGCGGCCCUUGAGACUCUGGCUCGGAUUUUUCCUGAUAUACAGAUAGAAGUCUUCCGGGAACUCCUGGUUCGGUUUGACGGCCAGAGCCGGCUACAAGUGUGUGUUGAGCAGCUACUCCGACACAAAAGGAACUGGGUACGAGGCCGGUGGAAUGUACUCAAGGGGGGCGGCGGUGAAGAAGGUGCGGCUAAUAGCGCAGUCUAUGGCGAUUACGACAGCCUGGUGCUUCCUGUGGAACGGUUUCGGUCUGACGAGUACAAGUCGGCUGUCCGGACAACGCUGUUCAGAGAGUUUAGUGGCCUGAACAGGAGUACCAUCGAAGGCGUAAUGGCUGAGAUGAACUUCAGCUACUCGCGGGCGCGACCGGUACUCCGAGAUCUGGCUCGACGCACAUGGAGGGCUACAUUCAACAGUUUCCUGCCGUCAUUUAAGCGCAAGAAGGAUCGAGAGAGUCAUCCACUUAUGAACUGGCAGCGUCAGGUGAAUGGGGAACUCGUGCCAAAGCUGAAGGAAACUAGUUCUAGCGAGCUGGAUAGCGAGCUUCACGAAACGCUUCUACUUCCGUUCCUAAAGCAAAAACGCGAAGAGCAGGAGACUGCAGAUUUUCAAUUUGCCUCGGAUCUUAAUGAGAAAGAGGCUCGGGAUGUCGAUGCUUUUUAUGAAUGCGAAUGCUGCUUCUCCGAUGUGACCUUUGAGCAGAUCGUAACCUGUUCGGCGAACGCCCACAUCAUCUGUCACAACUGUGUCCAGCGGACGACCCACGAAGCUUUGUUUGGACAGGGCUGGGGUAAGUCAGUGGACAUGGAACAUGCGACAUUGAAGUGUCUAGCUCCAGUAUCCGUCGGUGCAUGCGAUGGAUGUCUACACCCGCAAAUUGUGCGCCAGGCAAUUAUGCUUGAAACAUCAGGCAGUGAAACAUACCGCAAAUUUGAAGACCGCCUUGCAUCUGAAACUUUGUUGAAAUCCCAAAUAAAGCUCAUCCGGUGUCCGUUCUGCUCUUACGCUGAAGCUGACCCGGUUUCUAAUUCUUCGGCUCUUGGAAUCGACUGGCACGUGCGCCGGGGUGCAGGCAUUAUCCCCACUAUUCUGAUGACACUUUUCCUGCUGGAUCUUGUCCCCCUACUUCUAAUACCUCUUUUGAUACUUCUACUCAUCCACCCAUCCUCCAUCUUGGCCAUAUUUAACAACUCUAUCCGCAACCUCUGCAUCAAGCUUCGCCCUAAGCGGUUCACUUGUGCCAAUCCAACCUGUCGCCGUGUCAGCUGCAUGACAUGUCAGAAAUCAUGGCACGACCCACAUGUCUGCCAUGAACCACUUCUACUCGACCUCCGUGCCACCGUUGAGGCUGCCCGCACAGCCGCUGUGAAGCGAACUUGUCCACAAUGUGGGCUCUCAUUCGUCAAGUCUUCGGGCUGCAACAAACUCACGUGUGUCUGCGGGUACUCCAUGUGCUAUCUCUGCCGCAAAGCCCUCGGCGCUCCAAUUAAACAAUCACAAGCUGCUCCCGUGGCUAGGCGACGUCUACAAGAACUAAACGUCAACAUUGUCAAUGGUGCAGUGGAAGAAGAAGUCGGAGCUGGCAACGCCCCUGAAGAAGACGAAUUCGAAGAGGAAGAAGGCUACAAACACUUCUGCGAACAUUUUCGAAUCAACCCUGGCUCACACUGCUCUGAAUGCACUAAAUGUGAUCUCUACCAGACUGAGGAUGAGGAAGCUGUCGCCCGCCGGGCAGGUGAUAAAGCUGAGCGCGAGUGGCUCCUCCGCCAAGGAAACAAUGCCCCUGGCAGCUCACUUCCCACUAUGGGCCUUCUCCAUAUCAACCAGGAUCUUUCUGCCGGGGCGGAAGGCAAUAACAGCACCCAUCGCUCUUCGUCAUUGUGGGAUCUCCAACUAUCUACCCCUGGUAGACGAUGGAGUUACUGGUUUAGAGAUGUGUGGUCCGAUGACCGAUGGAAACUGGAGGGCCAGGCCAUGGUCGACUGGAUUGUUGAAAUGAUUAUUGUAAUUGAUGAGCUGUAG